AUGCGAACGAGUCGACAUCACCAGGCAUCCACUCUUUUCUUCUUCGCUUCGCCCUUGACUUAUUCGUUCGCCGUCGUCUCGGCCUCUGUCAUCCAGCGCGACGUAGACGUCGCCGCUUUUGCUUCAUCACACCGCACCCGCGACGGCCUGCCCGCCCCGUUGUCCGACACCGCCUACCUUCCCGCGCAGAUCGGCGGCAUCGUUGGCUCGUACGCCUUUUGCCUCGUGGUCGUCGCCGUCGCCCUCUUGCUGCUGUCCAAGCGCCGCCGCGAACACCUGCGGUCCGGCGAAGAGUUUGACGACCUCCCGCCGUCGCAGGCGUUUGCUUUCGUCCAUCCCGAGACCCUGCAGCUGCAAGACAGCGUCGUGCCGUUUGCCGUGAAGACGCCGGGAUUUUUCAACGGCAACGACAGCAACGGGGCCGCCUUUGAUCCCAGCAGCUACGCUGCGUCCCACUUUGACCACUCCGUCAGCCCGACCGAGACCCACGGCGGCACCGUUGUGUCGUCUUUGCACGCCAAGAGCAAUCUGUACCUGUCGGCGUCGUACGCGUCGUCGUUUCGCGUGCCCGGCGUCGAUCCGUCGGUAGACCAGGACAUUGUGACGGCCGACCGCGAGAUGGCGCAAUCACAGCUGGAGCAGAUGUACAAGUACGUGAUGGAGCAGGAGGAGGCCAAGGCGAACGGCGUGGUCCUGCCCGACCCACCGGCGUCGCUGGGCCCGCAGUCGGGGAGCAACAGCACGCGCAGCUCGCCGAUUGUGGCCAACCCGGGCGCCAAUGUGGGCUUCAACAACCCGAGCCCCGCGACGUCGCUGCCGCCCCAGAGUUACAACUACCCCAUCCACCGCAAGGACGAGUCGACCAGCUCGACCUCGACACUGCUCCGAAAGGUCAAGUCGAAGCCGGCCAACCUCGUGCUGACGGGCGACGGCGAGCGGCCCGAACGCUCAGAACGGACGUCGCGCGCGUCGUCAAUCCUGUCGGCGCUCAAGUCGCCGCGCGGCAAGAAGAAGAUGCAAGGGGUGAGCAUCUCAUCGCCCAUCAUGACGCCCAUGUCGGGGACCUUCCCACGGUUUGCGGCCCCCAACGGCGCGGCCCCGAGCGGCUACGGGUACGGCAACGGCGGCGGCUACGUAGAGGCGGAAGAGAUGAACCCCAUCUCGCCGCGGCACUAUGCCCCGGCCGCCCCGCCGCCUGUCCCGACGCAGCAGCCGACGCAGCAGCCGACGCCCGAGACGUCGCCGCUGAGCACGCUGAGCAUUGACGAGCGGAUCGGUGCCUCGAUUGGCGCGGGCCCUGGCUCCGCGUCCCCGAACAGACCGAUGCCGCCCCGGAACCUGUCUCUGGACACGGCCACCACGUCGGCCCCCCACGCACGCGAGCCGCAGUCGGCCGUGUCACCGUCGGGCGGCGUCUCGGCCGUCUCCGGUGUCUCCAGCGUCUCCAACUCCUCGGCGGACUCGUCAGCACCCCUGGUUGGCCUGCCCACGUCGCCCAAGCCGGGCGUCAACCGGUUCCCGUCGCUGGCGUCUCUGCCGGCCUCGCCGCGGGCCACCAAGACGACUUUUUCUGGCCUGAACCAGCCCAUGUCGCCGACGGGCGUCGUCUUCGCCUCGGCCUCUCCCUCGUCGUCCUCCGCAGUCUCCGGCCUCGGCCGCAGCAACGCCCCCUCCGCCGUGCGCACCGGCGGCGGCCUCCCCCUCCGUGCCUACGAACCCGCCAUCACGUCGCCCUCGUUUGCCACGCACAACCAGACCAAGCAGACCGUCUUUGAGCGCGCCCAGCCCAUGUCGCCCGGGUUUGGUACGGGCUCGCAGACGCCGUGGACGGGCGCCCCGGUGCCCUACACGCCCUACCAGCCGUUCUCGCCCGUGAUUCCGAUGACGCCGAGUCUGGUGACCAAGGCGGACCGGAAGCGGAUGCGGCGGCUGGAGCCCAAGACGCCGACAAUGGAGAUGGUGCAGAGCACCGAGGACAUAUGGUAG